GCGCGCGCACGCACACACACACAAAGUCAGGUAUCUCCUCUCGGCGCGCGCGCGUCUCUCUGUGAUGCUCGCGUGCGUCGGACGCGCGGCUGAUCGCGGCUGAUUGUCAGUGUUUGGAAUAAGACGCUCUUCAUCCUCAUCCUCAUCCUCCCCAUCACGGCUGUUUCUGGCUGGAGUGACAGAAAGACAUAAAACCUUCCUCCGGAUCCUCAGCGCUCCUCUGAAGGCUUUUGGUCAGUGCUUUGUGAUUCUUCAGCGUUUGGAAUGUGACCAAGAGUUUUCAGAAAGGUGAGAUUCUGAGGGGUUUUAUUCUUUCAUUCCUCUGGCCGGAGACAGCUCAGAUGACGAGGGUUUCAUGAACGGUGAAGUCCGGCUCGGAGCGCGUUCUGAGUCUCGCUUCCAGAUCCAGAUGGAACCAGCGUGAACCUGCGGGUGGCAGCGAGCGUCUCUGGAGGGAAAAUGUUCCACUGAUUUCCGUUCCUGCAACCUCAAACUCCUGAGUCCUCAGGAUCUUCGCCAGGGCUUUCAGAGGUUGUGAGAGCGUUGCAGGAGCGUUGUGAGCUGGCACACUCCGGGGUGAGUCGUAACAUCAUGCCUGUGCCAAGCGUCCGUGUAGCGUUCCCCUCCGUCCGACACUGUCUCCUGCUGCUCACCGCCUGCGUCCUGCUCUCCAGCGCCGAGUCUCCUCCAAAGUUCUUGCAAACUCCGAACGAUCAGACGGGCAUCCAGGGCGGUGUGGCCUCCUUCAUCUGCCACGCUACAGGCGACCCGCGGCCCAAGAUCGUGUGGAACAAGAAGGGGAAGAGAGUGAGCAACCAGCGCUUUGAGGUCGUAGAUUUCGAUGACGGAUCGGGCUCAGUCCUGAGAAUCCAGCCGCUGAGGACUCCUCGAGAUGAAGCCAUUUACGAAUGCGUCGCCUCCAACAGUGUUGGGGAGACGAGCGCCACCACACGACUCACUGUUUUACGUGAGGAUCAGCUGCCCCCAGGUUUCCCCACCAUAGAUAUGGGCCCUCAGCUCAAGGUGGUGGAGCGUACUCGUACCGCCACCAUGCUUUGCGCUGCUAGCGGUAAUCCGGACCCGGACAUUUCCUGGUUCAAAGACUUCCUCCCGGUCAACACCAGUAACAACAACGGCCGCAUCAAACAGCUCCGAUCAGAGUCCUUUGGUGGUACGCCAAUAAGAGGAGCGCUGCAAAUCGAACAAAGCGAUGAAUCGGACCAAGGGAAGUACGAAUGUGUCGCGACCAACAACGAUGGCACGCGCUAUUCUGCACCUGCCAACCUGUAUGUCAGAGAGCUCCGAGAAGUGAGACGGGUUCCGCCCCGGUUCUCCAUUCCCCCGACGGACAAUGAGAUCAUGCCCGGUGGAAGCGUUAACAUCACCUGUGUGGCCGUUGGGUCGCCGAUGCCCUAUGUUAAAUGGAUGUUGGGGUCAGAGGAUUUGACCCCUGAAGAUGACAUGCCCAUUGGGCGAAAUGUGCUGGAACUCACCGAUGUCCGGCAGUCGGCCAACUACACGUGUGUCGCCAUGUCAACGCUGGGCGUUAUAGAGGCGGUCGCGCAGAUUACGGUCAAAGCUUUUUAUUAUUGCUCCAGCUUUACGAAGCCACCAGGUGUACCCCAAGUAACGGAACGCACAGCAACAAGCAUCACGCUCACAUGGGAUUCUGGGAAUCCCGAACCUGUUUCUUAUUACAUCAUCCAGCACAAGCCCAAAAACUCUGAGGACUCUUUCAAAGAGAUCGAUGGAGUUGCCACCACUCGAUACAGCGUGGGCGGGCUAAGCCCUUACUCUGACUAUCAGUUCAGAGUAGUCGCAGUGAAUAACAUCGGACGUGGGCCUCCAAGCGAUGCCAUCGAGGCCAAAACAGCAGAGCAGGCCCCGAGUACUGCUCCACGGCAAGUCCGAGGGCGUAUGCUAAGUGCCACGACCGCCAUCAUCCACUGGGAUGAACCUGAGGAGGCAAAUGGACAGAUUACUGGCUACAGGGUUUACUAUACCACCGAUCCCAGCCAGCAUGUCAACCAAUGGGAGAAACAGAUUGUAAGAACUUCCAACUUCCUCACCAUUCCGGGCCUGACGCCCAAUAAGACUUACUACAUUAAGGUCCUGGCCUUCACCUCUGUAGGAGAUGGACCGCUCUCAUCUGAUUUACAAAUCAUAGCCAAAACAGGAGUGCCCUCUCAACCAACGGACUUCAAAGGCGAAGCCAAAUCUGAGACGAGUAUCUUGCUGUCGUGGAACCCGCCGACUCAGACAGGCCAGGACAAUCAAAUCGUCGGAUACGAGCUGCUCUAUAAGAAAGGAGAUGACAAAGAGGAGAAACGAGUAAGCUUUGAGCCCACCACAACCUAUUUGCUGAAAGAUCUGAAGCCAUUCACUACCUACACGUUUCAGCUGGCCGCUCGCAGUAAACAUGGCAUCGGCGCAUACACCAAUGAGAUCUCAGCCGAAACACCUCAGACACCAGUGUUUGCAAAAAAUUUUCACGUGAGAGCUGCCAUGAAGACCUCGGUGCUGCUGACGUGGGAGACUGAGAACUACAACCCUGCACAGCCGUUUACGAUCCUGUGCGAUAACGGACAGAGCGUGGAGGUGGAUGGGAAACUGACACAGAAGCUCAUCACUAACCUUCAGCCGAGACAGUACUCCUUCCUGCUCACCAACCGUGGGAACAGCGCCGGAGGACUGCAGCACCGCGUCUCCACCAUGACAGCGCCUGACAUACUGCGCGUGACCAAACCCUACCUGAUCGGCAAGACCAACUCAGACGGCAUGGUCACGGUCGAGCUGCCCACUGUUCAGGACGGCUGAGAAAAAAUAAGGGGUUACUACAUCGUGGUGGUGCCGCUGAAGAAACAGAGGCGGAAGUUCAUCAAACCCUGGGACAGUCCGGACGAGAUGAAUCUGGAGGAGCUGCUGCGAGAAAUCAACCGAACGAGUCGCGCUCUUCGCUUCCGGAGGCAGAUGGAGCCCAAGCCGUUACAUACGCCAGCGUUUUUCCGCGAGCUGCCGACCGAGUUCACGCUGGGAGACGCCAAGAUGUACGGAGACGAGAACAAACAGCUGCUCAACGGACAGGAGUACGUCUUCUUCGUUCUGGCGGUGCUGGAGAUCUCCGACAACAUGCUGUACGCGGCGAGUCCGUACUCCGAUCCGGUGAUGUUUGCCGAUAUCGACCCGCAGCCCAUAAUCGAUGAAGAGGAGGGUCUGAUCUGGGUGGUGGGGCCCGUGCUAGCUGUCAUCUUCAUCAUCUGCAUCGUCAUCGCCAUCCUGCUGUACAAGAGGAAAAGGGCAGAGUCAGAGGCCAGGAAAGGCAGUCUGCCCAGCGGUAAAGAAAUGCCCUCCCAUCACCCCACAGACCCCGUGGAGUUACGCCGCCUGAACUUCCAGACUCCCGGGAUGGCCAGUCACCCUCCCAUUCCGGUCAUGGAGCUGGCCGAUCACAUCGAACGCCUGAAAGCAAAUGACAACUUGAAGUUUUCGCAGGAGUAUGAGUCGAUCGAUCCGGAGCAGUUCGCGUGGGAGCACUCCAACCUGGAGGUCAACAAACCAAAAGAACCGCCACGCUAACGUCAUCGCCGCCACGAUCACUCCAGAGUCCUGCUCUCGGCCAUCGAUGGUAUCCCAGGCAGCGACUACAUCAACUCAAACUACAUCGACGGCUACCGCAAGCAGAACGCUUACAUCGCCACGCAAGGAGCGCUGCCCGAGACCGGAGACUUCUGGAGGAUGAUCUGGGAGCAGCGGAGCGCCAACAUCGUCAUGAUGACCAAACUAGAGGAGAGAUCCAGGGUCAAGUGUGACCAGUACUGGCCCAACCGAGGGACGGAGACGUACGGCCUCAUCCAGGUCACUCUGCUGGACACGGUGGAGCUGGCCACGUGACGUGGCGUCCGACGUUUGCAGCACUACAAGGUAGAGGACGCGUGCGAUGCGUGGCGCGGCUGGAGGACGCGAGGACUGACGGUGUUGUGUUUCUCACAGAACGGCUCCAGCGAGAAGCGCGAGGUUCGGCAGUUCCAGUUCACGGCGUGGCCGGAUCACGGCGUCCCGGAGCAUCCCACGCCGUUCCUGGCCUUCCUGCGCAGGGUCAAGUCCUGCAACCCGCCGGACGCCGGGCCCAUGGUGGUGCACUGCAGGUGGGCUUCAUUAACAGCGUGCAGAAGAUGUGUGAUGUUCACGGGCUUUAUCUGUACAUGCUAGUGCUGUCAAAUGAUG